UAAAUAAUAAAAAAGUAGGAAAUUGUAAAAAUUCAGAGUCGACAAUUUGGCAACGCUUUUCAAGACUCUAGAGACCCACAGAAAAGAAAUUGUCUCCGCAUCUUUCUCUGCUACUCUUUUUAUUAUAGAAUAUAAUCGCCUCGAAGAAAGAGUGUUUCCUUUGAGACAAAAUUGAAUCCACUUGAGCAGAUAUGGCUUUGUUGUCUGGCUGCAGCCGGAAGCACACCAUUUGGGCCAUCUUCUUGUUCGGCUUCGCACUACUCUUCGUCACCUACGCACAUUUUCAAUUGGAUGCCAAUCAAAUUCAAUUUGAGAUCCAGACAAAUGGCGACCGGAACAACGACAGUGAGAAAAUGGAACAACCGGCAGAGUUUAAAACGAUUCUCUACUGGAACGAUUUCUUCGGCAUCGAGGAUUUCACGUUCGGCUUCGGACGUGAACCUUUUAUCCAGGCUCAAUGUCCCAUUUCUACGUGCCAAGUGACCAACGACCGAUCGCAAUUCAACGGCAGCCAAGUCGUCGUCUUCUCAGCCCAAAAUUUGAAUUUCUCCGAUUUGCCGCCUCACCGUUUCUCUCACCAGCGAUUCGUUUUCUUUGAAAUGGAGUCGCCAGUCAACACGGACCCGCAGUCGAUGCUCGACCCACGCACUCGAUUCUCCUUCUUCAAUUGGACCAUGACUUAUCGGCUCGAUUCCGACAUUGUCCAGCGUGAUUCCUACGGCUUUGUUGUCCCGCGUUCAAAGCAUCCCAUCAGCGCAAUGAGCUAUCCGACCUUCCAGCACAACGUGACGACGUCCAGCCCGUCACCAUCCAGCGGCAAGAAGAAACUGGCGGCCUGGUUCGUGUCCAAUUGCGUGACAUCCAUCCACCGGGAAGAUUACGUGAAGGAACUGGGCCGACACGUACCUGUGGACAUUUACGGCAAAUGCGGCAACUUGUCCUGCGGCGACGGAUGCCUGGAAAUGAUUCGCAGCGAUUACAAGUUCUACGUGGCCUUCGAGAAUUCCUUUUGCACCGAUUACGUCACGGAGAAAUUGACGAGGGCCCUCCUCUAUGACGCCGUGCCCAUCGUCAUGGGCGGAGUGGAUUACAACCGAUUCGCACCGCCUCAUUCAUUUAUUAAUGCCAAAGACUUUGACUCACCUGAGCAACUUGGCAAUUAUCUUCUCUUAUUGAACGCGUCAGAUUCGCUGUACGGGCGCUAUUUUGAGUGGAAGCGCCAUUUCAAUGUCCAGUUGACGACCAAACAGGGCUGGUGUCACCUGUGCAAAUUGGCCAACGACGACCGAUUGCCGUCCAAGACGUACGACGACAUUUUCCAGUGGUGGGUCGACGAUCCCGAUACCUGCAAUUUAAAGGUUGGAGAUACGCCCAUUCAGAGAACAUCAUAGUU